UACGGCCCGACAUCGGAUCGCAUACCGAUUGGCAAUUCAUUGUACCCGAAAUGGGAUGCAAGAAACCCGAGGUUAGGACGCGUAGACAUCGACAACGCCGGCAACAAACAGGUAGUGUUCGGUCACUACCAGAGCACGCGUUUGACCAAAAUUGGUCCCACGAUUCUCGUGGACCGAUCGGCCACAGCGUUCUUCACCGGCGGCUCUCUCGCAGAUUUCAUGUAUAACAUGAAAGACCAAUUGGCACAACGCGUGCGCGACCAGAGAAAACUCUUUGAGAUUCUCGCCAAAGAGUCUAAAGGUUUGCGGGUAUACACUGACCACUUAGGUUACCGGCGAUCGUAUACUAUUAAAGGCCUGUCCGACAAUCCGCCCGAUCGGCAAACGUUUGAAUUGGACGAAAACGGCCGCAAACGAUCCGUUUCUGUCAAAGAGUACUUUAAGUCUCAGUAUAAAAAGGAUAUUACGGAUAUGGGUCUGCCCUGUCUUAUACCACAGGCCAGCAAAUUGAUCUAUUUGCCCAUUGAGAUGUGCACACUGCACCCUGAUCAACCCGUUUCCCGCGCCAAACUCGACCCGUUUAACACAUCCAAAAUGGUCAGAGAAUGCGGCAGCAAAUCGCCAGAAGAACGGUUUGAUGCCAUUACGGAGGCCGUGCGCACUAUCAACGAGACGUCCGCCCCAUAUCUCACGGAGUUUAGCCUCUCUAUUGACACCCGUCCGGUGAAAGUGCCCGGCCGUGUGAUCGGUAAGCCAGACACCAAAGGUCUGGAUCGGGGCGCAAAGGUGCCAAUGUAUCGGGCGGUGAGACUCGACCACUGGGUGUGCGUUAAUCUAUGCAUGAAUUGGGUGGACGACGCGGCGUACAGGGAGUUUGUGAAGGGUCUGUGCGAGAACGGCGCCCGUUCGGUGGGCAUGACUGUCGGUCAGCCGACUAAGGUGUUUAAAUACGACCGCCAGACCCCCCGCGAUAUCGCCACCAUAUUCCGGGCCGCGAAACAGGAGUGCCCGCGACUACAGUUGAUAUUGUUUAUCAUUCCCGACGAUAGCCUUAUCUACAGCACCAUUAAAGAGGCCGGCGAUUGUCAUCUGGGU